GAGCCUCACCGCCACAAACCCUCCUUUUCCCUACCCUCCUCACCUCCGCCAAAAACACACGAAUGCAAAGGACAGUCGUUACCAUCAACAGCAAUGGCCGCCAAUCGGCGAGCUUCAUUCGCGUCGCUGCCGCACUAGGAUGGCAGGUACGGGCCCAGAUGCGAGACUUGAACGGCAUAGUCGCCCGAGAGCUUUCUGAACUCGACAAUGUCACCGUCUUCAUCGGAGCCCUCGAAGACAAAAAAUUUCUCGAUGAUCUAUUCAAAAGCGCUCAGUGCGCUUUCAUCAACACCACCCACUGGGGCGACGAGGUUGCGAUUGGUCGAGCACUAGCCGAUGCCGCAAAAAAAGCCGGAAUCCAGCACUACAUCUACUCGAGCAUGCCCGACCACUCCGUAUUUGGCCAAGGCUGGAAGGCACUCCCAAUGUGGGCUCCAAAAUUCACAGUCGAGCAAUAUGUCCGCCAGAUUGGCCUGCCCGCCACCUUUGUCUAUUGCGGCGCAUAUCACAACAACUUUACCGGCCUCGACUUCCCCCUCUUUCGCAUGGAACAUCAGUAUGAUGGCAGCUUCGUCUGGCAGGCCCCAUUUCACCCUGAUCAGCCACUCCCGUGGUUAGAUUCGGAGCACGACGUUGGUCCAGCUAUAUUCCAACUAUUUAAGGAAGGUCCACGAAAGUGGAACGGCAAGCGGAUACCGCUAGCGUUUGCAUCCAUGACCCCAAGACAAGUCUGCAAGGCUUUUAGUGUCGGCCUCAAGAGACCAGUUCGCUACAAGCGGGGCCCCAUAAUGAUCAACGUUCCCACACCCGCAGGCUACCGGGAGCAUCUCGCUGCACUCGAGUACACCCUAGGCGAAAAGGGCGCACCUUACUUUGGACCCGAUCUCGAGCCGGACGUCCCCGCUGUCGCCUUGUCGUUGUGGGAGGGAAACCGUUCCAUGGAGGAGUACGCCCAAGAGGUUUUCCCAGUGGAAGAAGCGGCCAAUGGUCUUACUUGGAUGGAAGAGGGCGAGCAAUUCCAGCAACCCAGCGUCAUUCUGGGUUUGAGCGAGCAGCUCAACCAUGCGAGGCUCUAAAUUCCUUCGGUUCGACAUGUUCCUUAGUUCCAAUGGCGUCGGGCGGUUGCAUCUCAAAGGCGUCUGACCUCCCUUUUCCUUUGGAGUACCCUGGUAGAAAAGUGGUGCCAAUGUGGCCACUGGAUGCCUAACACGGAAGUACCGAUACCCACUUGAUGUUAUCUGGCCAUCUUGUAACCACACCUGCCUUUUUGUUGGAGCAUUGGUGUUUGGGCUUCCUUUUUCAGCAUGGGCGGAGUGUACUGCGUUUUUUCCCCAAACGGUGGUGAUUUGCAUUCCAACAAAAGUUAGCCUUUCUUUUUCUAAUUCGUAUGCCACGAGACGACUGUUCAUGAGCGUGUUUGCGUAGGGGGGAUGCAUUUUUGGGUAGGGUUUAAAGACGGCAGCUGUAGUCAGCAUAUGGAAAUAGAUAUUCACAAUACGAUCCACUCCACAAGA